AUGCGUUUCUCAACUAUCUUUUCAUCAGCGGCGCUGAUGUUCCAGGCUGUCUCGGCUGCCUCCGAGGAAUACAAGGAUGCCGACACCGGAAUCACCUUCCAGCAGUUCGUCGACAAGAGCAGCAAGUUCAGCUUCGGUAUCGCUAUGCCUGAGAAGCCCAGCACCGAUUUUAUUGGUCAGAUUAUUGCUCCCAUCUCCGAAGGAUAUGCCUCCGUUGGUAUGGGCUCCACCAUGAGCAAGAAGCUUCUCAUCGUUGCUUGGCCCAACGACGGCAAGGUUGUUACCUCCGUCCGCCAAGCUUCCGGAUACACAAACCCCGAUGUUUUGGAUGACGACACUGUCAAGAUCAAGCCCAUCGAGAAGGGUGUCAAGGUCGGCGCGGACUCUUUCACCUUCACUUUCCUCUGCGAGGGAUGUAUCAAGACCGACGGCACUACUUUCAAGGCUGCUGAUGCCAAUGCUGUCAUGGCUUUUGCUUUCAGUACUACUGCUCUUGAUGAUCCUACCGAUGCUAGCGGUGCUCUCAACUACCACGGUGCUGGCUUUGGCGGUUUCUCUGUUGAUGCCGGUUCUUCCAAGUCCGCUGACUACGAGACCUGGGCUGCUAUGGCUUCUGAUGGCGCUGCUGCUCCUGGCUCUGGCUCUGGUGGUUCUGCCCCACCUGCUGGUAACUUCACCACCGUUGUCUCCAACAUGACCUACGACUACAUUGUCGUCGGCGGAGGACCGGCUGGAAUUAUCGUUGCGGAGCGUCUCCUUGAGUCUAAGAAGUCUGUUCUUCUAGUUGAAGGCGGCAAGGCCUCCUACUACUCUACUGGUGGUAAGGCUGUUAUGGACUGGAAUGAGACGACAACCCAGUAUGAUGUGCCGUCGAUGGCAUACCACUUAACAACAAGUAAGGUGGACACCUCUGAGUACUGUACUGAUACAGCAAGCAUGGCUGGAUGCCUGUUGGGUGGUUCGACCGCAGUAAAUGCUAUGAUGUUCGUUCGUCCUCAGUCUGUCGACUUUGAUGAUAAGUGGCCCGCUGGUUGGAAGUCUACCGAUGUUGAGGCUGCCGCUUCCAGACUUUGGGAACGCACACCUGGUACCCUUAGCCCUACAAAAGACGGUAAAUUGGUUGACCAGGCUGCCUACAAUGUCCUGAGCCAGUUCUUCUCUGGAAACGGCUUCAGCCAGGUCGACGCCAUCGCUCAGCCCAACAAGAAGAAGGCCGUGUUUACUCACCCUCCUAUGAUGAUCACCAACGGCCAGCGUGCUGGCCCCGUCCGUGAUUACCUCCCUAUUGCUCAGGCCAACUCCAACUUCAAGCUCAUGCUUGAAAGCAAGGUUAUGCGAGUUGUGCGCGAGGGUAAGGAGAUUACCGGUGUUGAGAUCCAGUCUGGUCCUGCUACCCGCCAGAUCAUCAAGGUCAAGACCGGUGGUGCUGUUGUCCUCGCUGCUGGUGCUCUCUCCACUCCCCGACUUCUCGUCAACUCUGGUAUUGGCCCUGCCAAGCAGAUCGAGACUGUUGCCAGCGGUAGCCAGCGCCUUACCAUGCCCCCUAAGGACCAGUGGAUCGACCUUCCUGUUGGUAAGAACCUCAAGGACCACCCUAUCUUCACUGUCAAGGUCAAGACCAAGUCACCCAUGGCCGCUCUCCCCGACACUGCUUUCACUGAGCCUAGCCAGGAGAACGUUGACCUCUACGCUCAGGGCAAUGGUCUUCUUGCCCAGUCCGGUCAGCGAUUCAUCUUCUGGGACAGUGUCAUGGGUUCUGAUGGCGUUGAGCGAUACGUCCAGGGCACUUGCGCCCCCGCUGGCGAUGAUGCUCUCAAGCUCAAGGUCUACCUUACCCACGGUUCUACCUCUAGCGGUGCUCUCGAGGUCACAAGCUCUGGUGCUACCAAGUUGAUCGGCGAGCCUUACCUGAACGACGCUGCUGACAAGGCGGCUGUCAAGACCUUCAUGCAGAAGCUCAUCGAUAUGGCUUCCAAGCCCAACAGCACAAUCAUCAUUCCCAGCAAUGCUACCGCCGAGAGCCUCAUGUCUUCGUACGUGAGCGGUUCUCACUUUGUCGGUUCUGCCAUCAUGGGCACUGAGAACGACGGAUCCAGCGUUGUCGGCACUGACACCAAGGUCUGGGGCACCGACAACCUCUACGUUGUUGAUGCAAGCAUUCACCCCGAUCUGCCAACCGGAAACACCCAAGCUAUCGUCAUGGUUGCUGCUGAGCACGCUGCCUCCAAGAUCCUCAACGGUGGAAGUGGUUCUUCAAGCCCUGUUGUCCCUCCCACCGUUGGCAGUGGUAGCGGUAGCGACAGCGGCAGCAGCCCUGUCGAGACUCCUGUCGCUACUCCUGUCAAGAAGCCCGGUUCAAAGUGCCGUCGAUCUCUGCGCCAGCGCCAGCGCCGCCGUCUGCAGCGUAGCUCUUAA